UGUCAGAAUAAAACGCGUGUUAUUUUCCCGAGCCCUUGUUUUUCCACGCCGAAUCUGCGCUUUUUUUUUGUUUUGUUUUUUACCCUCCAUCACAACAACAAGCAGGAGGACAUGAGUUACGCAUUCGGACGAGAGAGCGGUUUCAUCAACAGCCGGCCGUCGCUCGCCGAGUGCCUGACAUCUCUCGCCAACCCCGGAGAUGCGUUUCAAAGUCCAUCAAUCAAGAGCUCGACACCGAUUCCCCCUCCUCCCUUCGAGCAGACCAUCCCGAGCUUGAAGCCCAGCGUCCACCCACGCUGCAAGCGGGAUCUGAAAGGCCACGGUCCGCUGGAGGCUGCGUCUCUGCCCACGGAGUACCCGUGGAUGAAGGAGAAGAAAAGCAUCAAGAGAAGCCAGGCUACUGCCUCUUCCGUCGCCGCGGCAGCGUCUGACCUCUCUCCCCAAGGUUCUCCUGAGAGGCCGGAGAGCGCUGUCGGUCCUACUGAGUGUUCGGGGGCAUCCAAGAGGCUGAGGACGGCGUACACCAACACCCAACUCCUGGAGCUUGAGAAGGAGUUUCACUUCAACAAAUACCUGUGCAGACCCAGGCGGGUGGAGAUAGCCGCGCUGCUGGAUUUGACGGAGAAGCAGGUGAAAGUGUGGUUUCAGAACAGGCGGAUGAAGCACAAAAGGCAGAGCCACUGCAAGGAGAACAGGGACAGCGACGGCAAAUAUCCCGCGGGCCUGGAGGACGAGAUGGAGCCGGCCGAGGAGAGCGGCGCGCUCCCGCAGAGGGAGCGGUCCAGUUUGCACCAAAACACCCUGACUUCACAACAGGGUCCGAACGGACACAAUGGACAGAACCACAGCCCUCCGAGCUGCAAUGAGAAAAAUCCCACACAUUUUACCGGCCCAGCACCCGUCUGCGCGUCAACAAUAGGCCCGGACAAUGCCCAGUCCCCCGGCCUGGACGCCUCUUUGCAGGAUUUGUACGUUUUCUCCCCCUCGGCUUCUUUCUCGUCGGAUUCAUCGCAGAGUCCGUUGCCUUUAUCGUCCGAAACGUUCAGCCUUUUCUCAGAGACACUCACAACAAUGGACCUGCAAAAUCUCAGCUACUGAAAAUCCGCUUCCGUUUUAUAUUCAAUUCAAUCCCUUUAUUCGGUUUUUCGUAUGUGGGAAAUAAUAAAAGAAAGACCCUCACGCAAGGUGAGUUAAUGACCACAUUCAGGUUUAUUUUUAUAUUAAUCUGAGAUCAUUAUGUUUCUUGAAAUAAAUUUGUACAAUUAU